GAUGGCUGCUGGAAUUUUACCAUUUGUUCGUGGUGUCGACUUUUCUCAAAAUGAUUUUGAGGACAAAUCAUUCCCAGAAAGAGUUGGAAACAUGCCUAAUUUAAGAUGGUUGAAAUUGGACAAAACAAAACUGCACGAGUUACCUGAUGAAAUAUCUCAUCUAAAGAAACUUGAACAUUUGUCUGUGAAAAAGAACCAGUUGAACAGCCUUCAUAAUGGGGAUUUAACUGCUUUGAGCAAUCUUAAAGUGAUUAAUGCUCGGAAGAAUCAACUGAAAAAUUCUGGUAUUCCCAAUGGCGUGUUCAGCUUGGAAGAACUACUGACUGUGGAUUUCAGUCAUAACCAGUUAAAAGAGGUACCUGAAGAACUGGAAAAUGCACACUCUCUCUGUGUUUUAUCACUGGCCAAUAAUAGGAUUGAAAAUAUUCCAAAUCAGUUAUUCAUCAACUGCACAGAUUUAAUGUAUUUGGAUCUCAGUGACAACCAACUUGAUUCUCUACCACCUCAACUACGGAGAUUAGUGAACCUUCAAGUAUUGAUUUUAAACAACAAUCCUCUAAUGCACGCACAGCUAAGACAACUUCCCAACUUGAUGGCUCUUCAUACGCUUCAUCUACGAAAUACACAGAGGACAAUUACAAAUAUGCCGAAUAAACUGGACAGUUUGACCAAGUUAACAGAUGUUGAUCUUUCAUACAAUGAUUUACCAAGAGUUCCUGAACCUAUCUAUCGUCUAAGUUCAUUAAAAAGACUCAAUUUAAGUCACAACUCGAUCUCUGAACUGUCGAAUCUUACUGGUACCUGGACAGAAAUGGAAGUUUUAAAUAUCUCCAGAAAUCAACUGACUUCUUUACCUUCCGCUCUUUGUAAACUCGUCAAUCUACGAAAACUUUAUAUAAGCGGGAACAACAUUAACUUUGAAGGCAUCCCAACUGGAGUCAGUAAACUUUAUAAAUUGGAAAUCUUCGCAGCUGCUUGUAAUAAAUUAGAGUGCAUUCCAGAAGGAUUAUGUCGGUGUUUGAAGCUUAAGAAGUUGAUUUUACAUUCCAAUUGUUUGGUGACUCUACCCGAGGCUAUUCAUUUCUUGCCCAAUAUGAAGGAACUGGACGUUCAUAACAAUCCAAAUCUUACAAUGCCACCAAAACCUUCUGCUCAUCAAAUAGGAAGUGGUGCUGAAUAUUACAAUGUUGACUUUACAUUGGAAACACAAUUGCGACUGGCUGCUGGGGCAUCACAUGUUGAUCAAGCUACUAAACAAAUGAUGAAGGAUCCAACGCAAAGAAAGAUGCGUCUUAGAGGGCGACGUUACCAUGACAAUUCUGGCGAAGACUCUGAACCAAGAGAUCUAAAGGGAAUGGUCAGAGAUGCUGAGGAAAAAAAACACAAAGGAAAAUCUAAACGUGCAUUGAAAAUGGGUGAUUCGAUGGAUUCAGAAGCUGAAGAAGCCCCCAAAAAGACCAAUUGGCUUUCCGAAUUGAAACGACCUAAUCUCAAUUAUGAAGCUUUCUUUCCUGAUAACAUUGGUCAAGAAGAGGGGCUUGUUAUUUGGCAUAUUGAAAAUUUCGUGCCAGUUCAACUAGAAGACGAAUUUCAUGGAAAGUUUUACACUGGCGAUUGUUAUAUUGUCUUAAAGACGGAGUAUGACGACACUGAUCAACUGGUCUGGGAUAUUUAUUUCUGGGUUGGAGCUGUCGCAGCGCUGGACAGCAAGGCUUGUGCCGCCAUUCAUUCUGUCAAUUUGAGGAACUUUCUUGGAUCAGAAAAUAGGAUCAUCAGAGAAGAACAAAGCGAUGAAUCGGAGGAAUUUCUUGAUCUUUUUGACGAAAGCUUAAGAUACAUUCAAGGUGGAUCAGGCAGUGGAUUUUACACAGUUGAAGAAACCGUAUAUGUCACUCGUCUUUACAGAUUGGUUGGCUCAGGAAUCGUCCAUCUUGAACCAGUUCCUCUGACUUACAAAUCCUUGGAUCCAAGAUACUCCUUUUUGCUUGAUACUGGAAUGAAAAUAUAUGUUUGGUCUGGAGAAAAGUCAAAGCUAACCGACCACACCAAAGGUCGACUUUUCAGUGAAAAAAUUAACAAGAAUGAUCGAAAAAAUCGCGCUGAAAUUUUUGUUUAUGAAAAGGAUGAAGAACCAGAUGCAGAUUUUUGGGCUUGUCUUGGUGGAAAACCAUCUAAAAUAACGGAAGUGGAAUCGUACGAUGAUUUCAAAACAAUGCAGCCAAUCAUAUACAAAGUUGGACUUGGUCAUGGUUAUCUUGAAUUGCCUCAAGUUGAAUUUCAUGGUAAAAAACUGACUAAAUCAAUUUUGGAGACGAGCGGUGUGUAUAUUGUCGACUGCCACACCGAAAUAUUUACUUGGUUGGGUAGAAAGUCGCCUCGUUUGGUGCGAGCAGCUGCUCUCAAACUUGCUCAGGAAAUGAGAAAUAUGAUUUCAAGACCCGACGAGGCUAUCGUCAGUAGAAACUUGGAGAAAACCGAAAGCUGGAUUUUCAAGUCAAAGUUUCACGGCUGGAAUGACGUGUUGCAAGUUGAUUUUACUAGAACAGCUGAAUCUGUCGCCAACAAAAGAAAAUUGCCCGUUGCUAAGCCCAAGAACAGUAAUGAAGUUGAACUGACUGAACAAAUUGCCAAGGUUGACUUAACGGCAUUGUUCACACAACGGCAAGCUCCGAUGCCAGAUUCCGAAGUUGAACAACUCGUGGAAGAGUGGAACGAGGAUUUAGAUGGCAUGGAAUGUUUUGUCUUAGAAGGAAAGAAAUUCACCAGACUACCUGAGGAGGAAAUAGGUCAUUUCUACAGUGGCACUUGUUACGUAUUUCUGUGUCGAUAUUUUGUUCCUGUUGAGAUGUCUGGAGACGAAGAAGAUGAAGAAAAUGAUCAUGAAGAACAGGAAGAAGAUUUUCAAUGUGUUGUUUACUUCUGGGAGGGUCGCGAUGCAGGAAAUAUGGGUUGGCUUAUCUUCACCUUCAGUUUGCAGAAAAAAUUUGAGGCACUUUUUGGUGAAAAACUUGAAGUUGUUCGCACUCCACAACAAAGGGAAGCUCCGAGAUUUCUGGCUCAUUUUAAAGGUCGUUUUAUCAUACACAAGGGUAAACGAAAUCCCAAGAUUCCCGAAGGAGAAAAACCGAAACCUGAAUUGUUUCACAUCAGAGCAAAUGGCGGCAACAUUUAUAAGAGAGCAAUUCAGAUCCCAGCUGAUCCGAAACUUUUAAACUCCGAGUUUAGUUACAUAUUAAAGGUUCCUUUUGAUAACGACAGUGGUGGGAUUGUGUACGUUUGGAAUGGAAGUAAAGUAAACGAUGCUGAUGCGAGCCAUGCCACGGAUACUGGACAAGAAAUAUGGGAUGACACGACCUCAGUUCAGGCCAUCAGAGAGGGUGCUGAACCAGAAAACUUUUUCUGGGUCGCUUUAGGAGGAAAGAGUGAUUACGACAAAUCAGCGGACUACAUGCGCACUUGCCGCCUGUUCCGAUGCUCCAAUGAGCAAGGAUAUUUCAAAGUGUCUGAGAAAUGCUCAGAUUUUUGUCAAGAUGAUUUGGCAGAUGAUGACUGUAUGAUAUUGGACAGUGGUGACGAGAUAUUCUUAUGGUUUGGAAACCAAUCGAGUCACGUGGAAAGGAAAUUGACGUUUAAAAGUGCUCAGGUUUAUAUUCAAUAUUUAUACGAACAUAAAGUUGGAAAUCCACGUAAGUUGAGAUUCACGCAGAAAGGCCAAGAACCGCACGAAUUCACUAGAUGUUUUCAUGGAUGGAGUGAUUUUCAUAAUCCACGCGCAUGAAUAUAAUACGGACAACCGCUGACAUUUGGUAUGUCGUUUUAAUAUUGUUAUAUAGUUAGUCUUUGUUGCAUGGGUGUAAAAAUGAAUAGAAUAUGCGCCGUUGGAUGUAACAUUUUAAAGAUGUUGUACUGUAAUCUGCGCAUGCGUUAACCUUUAACCAAGUAAAAUAUGAACGAUACAAAGAACACAAUGAAUAAUUUUGCCAGCAAGUUUCUAACAUUAAAACGUUAAUUGAUAGUUUAUAACUUAUACUAAUCCAUUUGGACUACACUUCAAUGUGUGUAUAGAAACAUGCUUGCGUUAAAAGAAAUAUAAUUUUAAUCAAAAUCAAA